AAUAUCGGGUCCACACAGAUACAGACCGACCGACGCCUGAAGUCCGGACCCCUGAACUCAGCUACUCUCAGCUACCAGCACACACAGAAGAAUGAAGCACGUAUGUGUGGUUCUCAUCUGCGUCCUCACCGUUCUGUUGGCGUGCGCGUCGAGGCGAGUAGCAGCGGUCCCCCCUCCCCAGUGCAGCCCAAGUUUUCAGCAGGAGGAUAUCCCCUUGAGAGUGCGUAAGGUUUGCGCUGCAUUGUCGACGUUUUACGAGCUCUCCAACGCAAUGGAAGCCUACUUAGAUGACAAAGUCGCGCGUGACAACAGUAACCCGCUAGUUGACGCCGGAGUUAAGCGGCAAGACGUCGACCACGUGUUCCUCAGGUUCGGUCGGAGGCGCUAAGCUGCUGGCUCUUUGUUGUGGAAGACUGCAUCAUGGGACUGAACUGUGUGUUUCACCUCUUCUCAUCUACUUCCAUCCGUAAUACCAUUUAUACUUACUACGGCUACAGAGAGAAAAUAUAAAAAUAUUUCUAUGGGGAACCAAGUACGCUUUUUGUUCGUUUUACUGUUUUCAUAAUUCGGCAGAGGUAUCAUAUAAUAUAUUCAUGGAAUAACAAAAUUGUUAUUAUUCUAAUUCUUAUUUUGUGUUUGUUAUAAUGUGUAAUUGUACAUUUCAACUUCCUAGAAGAUAAUAUUAAAAUUAUUUUCUAAAUACUUUUUUUAUUUUAAAGGUAAAUUAGUUGGCCUAUAGGCUAACAGAAAGUAAGAUAACCCAGCUCUGAAGCAAAUUCUCAUGAGAGAAAUUAUGACGUCAUAUAUCCAAAUUAUAUUCAGUAGUUUUGGGGUGAUUAUUUCCUUCCUACUCGUGUACUUUUCUUCGGUAUUGUACGCCAUUUUGUAACAGUACUGCGGCAGGGAUUUUCAAUUUCACUCAACUAUGAAGUGUUGGAUGACAAGUUUUAUUAAACUUUCAACGUAAAUUUUGUCACCUUAAUUCUGUAUGAAAAUUCUACAAUUCUAUAUUCACUGUAAUAAUAAUUAAACAAAAAUUUAUGUAGAAUUUAAUAUUCUCUUAUUAAAAAUAAUUUUAACACAGCUUAUCAAAUUUAUAGUUUAUAUGCUAUCUAAGACAUAAUUUGUUUCAUACUCAAACAUCUUUUGCCAAAUUUGUCUCAGAGAUAAUUUUUGGAAUCCUGAGAUCCCUUCCUCAGUACUAAAAAUUAUGACAGUUGAAUCCUUAAUCCUAUAUGGAAUUACAGGGACCAGUAAACAGAACCAGUGAAGGUUAUUUAUCUGGAGUCGACUCUUCAAAUAUAUUGCACUUACUUAAAAAUGUGAUAAAUCGUCCUAUGCGAUAUCUGCAGCCUUCAUCUUGAAAUAUUCUUAUUUAUGGCUCAUCAAGUCAUUCGUUAAGAAGCCUGAAAAGCAUUCAGAGUGGAUUCAAAUAUAUCAUCCUUACCCGAACUUAUGUUCAACUUAUGUUCCCUCUUAACAUUGUUUUAAAACAAAACAAAAAAUAAACAAUAUUAUGAUGUGUAUGUACAAUUAAUGUGGAAACAUUAAUAAUAAUAAGAAUAAUAAUAGUAAUAAAGCAUGUUCAAUUUA